UGUCUAUGUGCAGCGCAUCCAGAUCAACAACCCCACGGAGCGGGUGGCCGCGCUGCAGACUGUGGGGCCCACCGCGGGCCCAAUCCCCAAGGCCUUCGCCAGCACUCUGGAGAAGGUCGGAGAUCAUCAGUUUCUCCUCUACUCGGGCCGGUCCACGCCCCUCCCGUCGGGGCUCGUGCACCUGGUGGUGGUGGCCUCUAAGAAGUUAGUGAACCGGCUCCAAGUGGCUCCCAAGACGCAGCUGGAUGAGACGGUGCUGUGGGUGGUGCACGUGUCUGGUCCCAUCCACCCCCAGGUGCUCAAAAGCAAAGGAACCAAGGAGCUCAAGGCGCUGCAGGACUUGGCAAGGAAGGAGAUGCUGGAACUGUUGGAGAUGCCCGCCUCGGAGCUGCUGCAAGAUCACCAGCGCCUCUGGGCCCAGCUGUUCAGCCCGGGUGUGGAGAUGAAGAAGAUCACAGAUGCCCACACGCCGUCCGGCCUGACCGUGAACUUGACGCUGUACUACAUGCUCUCCUGCUCACCGGCCCCCCUGCUUAGCCCUUCUCUGAGCCACAGGGAACGAGAGCAAAUGGAAGCAACGCUCAACUAUGAAGACCACUGUUUCAGUGGCCAUGCCACCAUGCAUGCUGAGAACCUGUGGCCAGGCCAGGUCUCCUCAGUGCAGCAGAUCCUGCAGCUGGCUGACCUGUGGAAGCUGACCCUCCAGAAGCGAGGCUGCAAGGGGCUGGUGAAGGUUGGCGCUCCGGGAAUCCUGCAAGGCAUGGUGCUCAGCUUCGGCGGGCUCCAGUUCACAGAGAACCACCUGCAGUUCCAGGCCGACCCCGAGGUGCUCCACAACAGCUAUGCACUGCACGGAAUCCGCUACAAGAACGACCACAUCAACCUGGCUGUGCUGGUGGAUGCCGAGGGCAAGCCCUACCUGCACGUGUCUGUGGAGUCCCGAGGCCAACCUGUGAAGAUCUACGCCUGUGAGGCAGGCUGCCUCCAUGACCCUGUGGACCUGACCUCAGAGCCUGGGGGCCAUACCUUCUCUGUCAUGGUGACACAGCCCAUUACACCACUGCUGUACAUCUCCACUGACCUCACACACCUGCAGGACCUGCGGCACACGCUGCACCUGAAGGCCAUCCUGGCCCACGACGAGCACAUGGCCCAGCAGGACCCCGGCCUGCCCUUCCUCUUCUGGUUCAGCGUGGCCUCCCUGAUCACUCUCUUCCACCUGUUCCUCUUCAAGCUCAUCUACAAUGAGUACUGCGGGCCUGGAGCCAAGCCCCUCUUCAGGAGCAAGGAAGAUCCCAGUGUCUGAGUGAACCUCGAGUCCCACUCUCGGCCACCGUUUGCACAAGACACCCAGCACUGAGCAUCCUGCUGCUGCAUGAACAGGGAGCCUUUGGAAGCACCAACCCUUUGUGCCUUGUGGGGGACAGUGACUCAGAAGCGCUUGUGGGUACAAGAGUUUGCACUGGAGGGGAAAGAGGGCCGAGGACUUCUGUAAGAUUUCCAGUCAAUACAACACCCCGUAGGGAGAAUACUUGAAGUUGAGCGCACUCCUCCCACUCCCCCCUUUUCAUCCCAGGAAAUAGAUCCUCUUUAAAGACUUGCUGAGGGAAAAUUGUGUUCUUUUCCUAAUUUAAUGUGUUCUUUCUUGAAUGGAUUUCUAAUUUAUUUUUGUUGAAGUUUUGCUGGGUGGCUUUUCAUCCACCUUAGAUCAGGACUGUUGGUGGCAACCACCGAUCCCUGCCACCUGGUUGGCACCCGGAGGCCCCACACAGUCUGGAGGCUGGACCUGAGCUCCAGGCGGCCACCCUGCCUGGAGAAGGUGUGCGUCCCCUGCCCUCCGCUGGUUUGCACAUUGCCUCUUCCUUACCUUGAGCCAGUGGGAUCUGUCCUUUUGUACUUCGGGUCCCUGGGAAAGGUGUUUAACUUUCUAGUGAUGGAUGGUUGUUGGCUUUUGAAAUACCAAAGCUUUUUUGUUCUUUUUAAAAUAAAUAUCUUUUAAACUCUCA